AUGGAAGAAGGAGACUUUUUCAAUUGCUGCUUCAGCGAGAUCAGCAGUGGCAUGACCAUGAACAAGAAGAAGAUGAAGACGAAGAGCAAUAACCAGAAGAGGUUUAGUGAAGAACAGAUCAGAUCACUUGAGGUUAUAUUCCAGUCCGAGACUAGGCUCGAGCCAAGGAAGAAGGUGCAGAUAGCUCGAGAGCUAGGGCUGCAACCUAGACAAGUGGCUAUAUGGUUUCAGAACAAGAGGGCCCGUUGGAAGUGUAAGCAGCUUGAGAAUGAAUAUAACAUUCUUAGAGACAAUUACACUAAUUUGGCUUCACAAUUCGAAAUCAUGAAGAAAGAAAAGCAAGCUCUAGUCUCUGAGUUGCAGCGAUUAAAAGAAGAGAUGCGAAAGUCAACAGAAGAAAAGCAUCACGAGUGUUCCGGUGAUCAAGGAGUGGCUCUAAGCAGCAGCACAGAGUCGGAUAAAGGAAAGUGUGAGCCAGAAGUGAGGCUAAACCAAGGGAUAGUUCUGUGUAACGAUGGUGUUAGCAACAACAUUAAGAUAGAGUACCUUGGAUUUGAGGAAGAGACUAAUCAUGAGAUAAUGAACAUUGUGGAGCAACAAGCUGAUGAUAGUUGCUUGACUUCAUCUGAUACUUGGGGUGGUUUCAAUUCUGAGUCUUUCUUAGACCAAUCUAGCAGCAAUUACCCUUGGUGGGAUUUUUGGUCAUAA